AUGAAUAAUUUAAUUCUUUGUUCAAAAAUUUCUGAUCGAAAAAGUGCUGGAAAAUUUGGUAUAUCAAUAUAUAGUCAUCCAUUUACAUUAAAUAGUGAUUUAUUAUCUCAACAAUCACUUGAAUCACAUAUAUCAGAUUUUGGUAUUGCAAUCACUAUUUUAUGUACAUAUACAUUUAUAUCAGCUGCUGUUAUUCUUUAUCUUGCUCGAGAAUAUGUGACAUCAGAGAAAUGUUUAAUAUUUAUUUGUGGAGUAAAACCAUUAGUUUUAAUCAGUUUAACAAUGGCUUUAAUUAAAAUAUUUAAUAUUUCAGCAUUUAAUUCACCUGUUAUGAUAACUCAAGCAAUAUUUUAA